AUGAGCUCGAAGGACACCAGCGAUGCCAAGGCGUCGGCAGCUUCGUCCCCCAAAGUGGCGCAGUCGGGCCAGUCUGCCGACGACAAGAAGUCCAGGUCCUCCAACGGCGGCCUGGCCGAGCUCCCCAGCAUCGACAACUACACUAAGGUCAAGAACCAACUUACACAACAGAUCUUGAAGAAACAAGAACUCUCGUCGAAGCUCACCCAGUUGGAAGACUCUAUCUACGAGAAGGAGUCGGACUACUUCAACGAGAGCGCCUACGGUAACAUCGUCAAGGGUUUCGAGAACUUCUCCAAAACAAGUGGUGGUGGCAGCUCCAACAAGAAACGGUUUCAGUACUCAGCAGAAGACCACAUCUUCAGUCUCAGCUCGGUAAACUACAUCAAAACAUUUGUCAAGAGGCACGGGAUCUCAUUUGCUGUCAACGCUAACAAAGAUGAUUUGGAUGAGUACGAGGAUUCGGUGGAUCCAGGAAGCAACUCCGCCACCAAGGCUGCUGCCUAUGAAAAGGAGAAUUCCAGCAGUGCAAGCACCCCCACCAGGAAGAGAAAGAUACGAGCUUUGGAUGAAUAAUGUAUAUAUGUAAUAUAGAGCUAGCAAGCUAGCACGGUCAACGACCCAUGAAGUUGAAGGACAAUUCACGUAGGGUGCAGUGAGCACAUCGACAUACACCCC